UUGUAUCUAAGGAAACUAAAUAAAAAGAUAAAAAAUCGUCUGCAUAGGGUAAAUAAUAGCGCAAGUCUGCAACGCUUUCUGGACUCAGACAGCACCAACAGGUAAAUUGGCCACCAGGCACCAAGUAACACACUGCCACAAAACGAGCUUCGAAAUCUCCAUAGUAGUUUGUAGCGUCUACACAAAACGCGCGACUUAACCGGGUUGGCUGUGGACCACGAGCACUCCCGCAAAGGUUAAUAAUUUCUUGAAAUAGCAUGGACGAGCUAACGGAGCCGGAAAUUGUAGAAAUUGAUGAUGUUGAUCCGUUUGAAAGAAUCGAACUACCUGGAAAUGAAAAUGGGAAUGAAAAGAGAAAAUCCCUUAAAACAAACGCAAUUCUACAGCCUGAAAGCAUUGUCAUCGACCUGGACGAUGAAGAGCCGGAUAUAUUGCCAAGCAUGGGCGCGGCUGUUGCUGCCACCCCCACUGCCUCUGUUGCGACCAGCUCCAGAAAAAUGCCGAAUCCACACGAAUUCGAAAAAUAUCAGAUGCAGCAAAAGUUAAUCGCCAUGGUGCGCAGACAGCCGGCACUCUACAACAAAAGGCACAAAAGGUUUCACGAUGACACCUUCAACGACCGUAUUUGGCAGCGUAUUGCCAAAACGUUGUCAAUGGACGUCACCACAUGUCUUAGUACGUGGGCGGAGCUGCGCUUCAAGUACCAACGUCAUGUGAGACAGUUGUGGCAGUUGCAGCUGCUGGGACCACGGACGCAGCAUGCCCAGCGUGCUCGACGUCCACGUCCCACCAUGCUGCUUGAGGAGGAUUUAAUGUUUCUGUACCCGCACGUGAGCCGCUUUAAGCCGCGAAGCGAUCCCAAACGCGAUGGUAUCGAAAUUACUGAUACGGCGCCUAAAGUUCCCCCCACUGAAGCGGCUGUUGAUGUCAUCGAUCUGGAUACCUUGGAUGCCGACGAGCAGUAUUACAAACUUUCGGACGAUCUGAUUCGCUUGGUGGAAUGCGUGCGCUACUAUCCACAGCUAUACGAUCCGCUACAUAUAAACUACAAGAACUAUCGGCAUCAAGGACUCAUCUGGGGCUCCAUUUCUAACGAAAUGAAAGACAAGGCGACCAAGCUGAUGAAGUCUUGGUUGCAGCUGCAGACGCGCUACGAAUGGGAACUAAUGCAAAAACCCGGCAACACGCCGCUGCAGAAGCAUUUAGAAUUUCUGGCGCCGCACAUCAACGGCACUGCUGGCACCGUCUACAAAAUGUCAGCGUAUCUGCGAGCAAACUGGCACGAUCCCAUCGAACACUUCCGCACGGUCAUGAAUCUUAUCAAUGGACUCAAGACGCAAUCGGAUGUGUGUCAACUGACCGAUGAACUCGCGAAUGUGAAGGACAAGUCGCGGCGAUAUCAUGACAUUUGGUGGCGCAUGGGUAUCCUUGUUAACUGCUCGGCAGCGCGUUGUGAGGUAACUUGGCUGGUGAUGCGACAAUUUUACUUUCAACUGGCGGAGAUGCGCAAGGCCGGCUACCAACUGCAGGAUAAAUGGUUCUUUGAGAAUAUCAUUGGAAGUCUAUACAAGACGGUGGCACCAACAAGCGCCAACAAGCGAUCGAACAAAAUUCAUCAGCCAGAUCCAGAAAUCAGUCAGACAGUGCCGGUUUCAAAACCUGCUAGUCCGCCACGAUUACCGCUGGCAAUAGUGUAUCCGCCUGCAGUGAAGCCAACGAUUGAGCCAACGCCAAUGCCAAUCUCAGCACCUCUCCCAGCCCCAACCGUAAUCGCCGCACCAACCAUACCCACAUCUUCACCCACGUCUUCAACCAUUCAACCCGCUCCGAGCACCAGCAAUAGCCCAGCCGGCGGAUUUACCAUACCACGCAUAACAGCGGCCAUAAGCAUGGUGCCACCACCUUUGACUGGCAAAAGUGGCAAAAGCAACAUGGCGCCGACGUCGACGACUUUGCCGAAGCCAUUGACUGUACAAUUGUCGCCCAAGCCUUUGCCUGUCAACCAAAGUUUGCCGCCCAUACCGGCAACUAUACAACUGGCAAGCACAGUGCCCCCCGCGCUGCAAGUACGUCCCCAGAGGCCUAUGGUGCAGUUGACAUUAAUGCCAAAACCGCGCUUGCUCAAUUCCGUACCUUCAAUAUCGCCGUCCGCUACCAGUGGCGCCAUCAUUCGUGCCGUCAACCCUGGUAGCUUGACGCCCCUUGGCGUUACAAAGCUGGGCACGCCACUUGGUGCCAACACACUGCCUGCCUAUUCAUCACCACCUGUGCCCAAGUUGGUGCCAUUGUCGUCUAGGUUGGAGCCAAAGACUGGUAUUAACAGCACUGCCACGGUGCUGUCGUCUCCACCGCCGCUUUUGGUGCCGCCGGCGAAUCCGAUGUUGUCGAUCCCAUCCUUCGGUCUAAACGUGCCACCACCCACCACAUGCUCGCCGUCUAUUACAACGAAAGCGACAAGUUCCACUUCCUCCAAACCACAAACUGGUUUGCCCGCUUCCCGCCCUACUCCCAAUAUUAUUACGAUUCCCAAAACGUCUAUUACAUCCUCCAGCAGUAACUAUGCAAUGCCGGCCAAUCGUAAUACCAGCAAAACGCCGCACGAGUCCAGCAAAAGCAUCACCAGCUCCACCACAAACUCUUCCACCUCGGCCACUCCCAUCAUUGAACCUUCCGAAGUCACUGUGGAGCUGCUGACAAACGGUUUGCCGGCAAGUGUUAUAUCCAUCAGUGGGCCCACAUUAACGAAUUCCUUCAGUCUUACAAUGUCUCGCACAGCGGUGUUUAUACGCGAGAUUAUGAGCAUACCGUAUGUACAUUGCAAAGAUCCAGAUAUGGAGGGCAAGAGCGUCGAGUAUUGGCAUAUGAUAUCCAAGAAGUUUCACAUGCCGGAGUUCGUGUGUCGCGCCUGUUGGAAUUUUCUGGCCAACAACAUUACCUAUUUCCCGAAAAUUGCGCCCAUGUCAGAUCUAAUGCGUACCUACAAGAAUCAUGUCAAGGCAUGGGAAAAGUCACAUCGCCUGUUUAGCAAAUUUGACGAAAUCGCCCGAAAAUAUCAAUGGAUGAACUACAAGGAUCAGCUACCGCAGCUAAUCGAGCACUUUGGAAAAUAUGAACAUUUGUAUUGGGAGCUACGCAAACCACGGCCCGGUGAGCCUUUAAAGGUCCAACGCAAUUUCGACGAGAAGGAGCGUCUUGAAGUGUGGCAAUUGGCACGCGAACGUUUUCCUGACAUGAACCAUCGGGAUAUUUGGUCGAUGUUUAAGUUCGCUUUCAAAACCUAUCUGGAAGAUCUUGAACGAGGCGUUGAAAAUCCUUGGCCGCAAAAUUGGUGGCGUGCCCUGGAGAAGCUGAAAUUUCUGAUGUAUGUACGCUACCAUCCGCUGGAGCCGUACUAUUAUAUUGUGCACCAAAAAUUCAAUGAGGAGGUGACACGCUGUCAGUUGUAUGAAACGCUAAUGAGCUCUAAGUCGGAAAGUGUCACCCACAAGGGCUCGCAAAUAACCAUGAUCUUACCGUGGGAAGCGGACGAGGCGAAGCGGAUGUUAACGGGCAAGCUUUCAGUGCAAUCGUAUAAGGCGCUGAGAAAAAACGCCAAGGAGCAGUUCACGGCACAGAUCACGCAUAAUCCGGAGCUUCCGAAAAAAUCUCAAGGCAUUUUGCAGCCAGUUGUUCCAUCUAAGCCGCGUCAUGAGGGCUCUUUUAUUCAACUAAAUAAUGUAGUAUCUAAUGAGAGGGACAGCGAGGUGGAGUCUGAGUUAAAUGAGGCCUUAAACCCUAUGGUCGUCGGCAAAUCGGAAAUACCCAAUGAUUCUCUACCAUCAAUAAAUACCUUUGAGCUGACGCGAGUGAUGCGUCGCUUUCCCGAUACAUAUGACAAGGCGAGCACAGUAGAGAAACGACAAGCGUGGUUGCUUGUCUCCGGAGAGUUGCAAGCAUCAGUGACCGAGUGUCGUUUGAGUCUGCAGCACGCCCUACGCGAGUUCCGCAUCCUCAAGAUCAGAGAUCCGGCGAAUCGCUGUCGACUGAGCCAAAAGUAUUAUUCCCACAUGGCGGACAUUUAUCGGCAGGUGAAGCCGCGUGGCAAACUGCUGGUGCGCACACCUCAGGAUCUGAAUCAGAGCCUAAUUGAGCCCUCCGAAACGGUCUUUCCGGAACGUUUUGUCCCCGAGAUCAAUACAAUCACGUGCAAGCCACGCCUGGUGGUCAAAAAUUGGGCCUAUGCCGUCGCCAAUAUGACUCUGUUGGCGCAGGACGAGUUGCAGCUAACACUUACCAAAAUUUUCGACAGAUAUGCGGCGGAAGCGAGCAUCGAACCGGCAACAACAACGGGCAUACUGCUCGGAAAACGCACCAAUGGCGCUCUGGCCAAUCUGUUCGGAGAACAGUCACCUGGGAACGAGAAUGCAACUGGGGGAGAUGUGAAUAUCAAUGCUGAAAAUAUUGCCAAGCGGCCCAAAUUCGAGCUAGAAGCGUGAGAAACGCGCUCCCAAAUACUGUAUAUUACAAAUCACACUGUAUUUAUAAACAAUUACAUGUAGUUAGUGCACAUCAGCUAAAAAUUCACGUAUCCAUCGUUUCUGUUCCCUACCAAUUAACACUAAAUUGCAUCUGUAUAGGGUGCGUGUACUCUAUUGACUGCAGUUUAAAUUUCCAUUGAUGCAUCUAACUACGCCUGAACACCACAUCGCUUUCAUCUCUUAGCCAGUGUAUUUAAGCUCCUCUGUUUUAUGUUAAAGUAAGUAUAUCGUAAGAGUUCUUUCCCACAUCCCCACACACUCACACACCUGCAAUCAUUCUUUUUUUUUACUUUUAUGAUUAUUCUAACAUACAUAUAGAAUACAUUUAUCUUAAGAACAACUGUUGAAAGGCGUGAAUGAAAAUAUACGGUAUAAAGUGCCGGAGCAAAGACUCUACGAUGUACUUAUGUCCAUAUCGUAAUCCAAAGUUAGCCCCUGCAUAAAAAGUUUUAACCGACUACAGUCGAUUGAAUAUGGAACUCAAGCAACACCAACCGUUUCACCCCGAAUGUAGUGGUCAAAAAUCCUGCAACUAAAUUAUGAAGGAUUGGGUAAGACUUAUUGUAAAAACUACCAUGUGGUUACAUAUUUUUAACUUAUUUUGUAAGUUUUAAUGAUUGAAGAGUUCAUAAGGAAACAGACUAUCACUUUAAAAAGCACAUCUUAAGUGCUAUGUGAUGAUAAAGUUAUUCUGAAAGGUCGUAGUCGAAGGGUUCUCCUCUGAGGAGAAUAAGUCAGCAAUAUAGCUACCAGAAUCAGAUAUAUGAACUGUUAAAGGGGCUGAUCUGUAGGUGGUCCGAUCUGUUCUUUAUUACAAUAAUAUUCACGAGAAUCUCUGGAAUUAAAAACCAAAACUUUCCAUCUUCAAACAUGAGGAUAGUGUUAUAUAUAACAAAUGUCCGUA